CUCGUUUCGAACAAACAGCCGGAGUUCAGCAGCAGAGCCUGCAUGUGAGGAUAAACGUGUUUAAGUGGACUCUGUUUAAACUUUCGGGAUGUUUCACCUCAGACUCAUCUCCUGUUAGCCAAGAAUGCUAAAGGAAGUUAGCUUGUCAGCAGGAAGUAGCCGGAGCCGGAGCUCGGCCUCACAGUGUGUAUUUUAUCAGAGUGAGCUGCGUGUCUGUAACGGAGUGUGUCUGGAGGAAAAGCUGCUGUAAACAUGUCUAAAGUCCAAACGCUGAGAGCUUUUGUCCAGCAGCGACUAAGUGCGGCUGCUGAAGAGAUAUUUGAGCUGUUUGAAAGAACGAUAGCAGAGUACGAGGAGGAACUUUGUGGACAACGCAAACUACUGGACGCUGUUUUCAAGCCUGAAGUCCGGUUACACAGAGCAGACGUCCAGGUGCUGUUGGUGAGUAAAAAAGAGGUUCCCCCUGAGGAGCAGGAGAGGAGCCCCAGGCUGGACCAGGAGGACCCACCAGAGCCCCCACAUAUUAAAGAGGAACUGGAGGAACUCUGGACCAGUCAGGAGGGAGAGCAGCUUCGAGGGCUGGAGGAGGCUGAUAUCACCAAGUUCACAUUCAUUUGUGUCCCUGUGAAGAGUGAAGAAGAUGAAGAGAAACCUCAGCUUCAUCAAAGACCCACUGAACAGGUGAAAACAGACGCUGAUGGAGAGGACUGUGGUGGCCCAGAACCAGGGAGGCACUCAGAUCCAGAUAGACAUUUACAACCACAUACUGAUGACAAGAUGUCAGACUCCUCUGAACCUGAGACUGAUGACAGUUGUGAUUGGGAGGAGACCAGGGAACCCCAGUCAGGUUUAAACUCUCUGCAAAACAAUGAAGGACCUGUAAGUGAUCAGGAAUGUAAUAAUGGGAAGAAAUCAUGUAGCUUCUCUGAAUGUGCUACAAGCUUUGGCUGCAAGGGACAUCUGCAGAAAGACAAUGAACUCAAAACAGGAAAGAAACCCUCCUUAAUAUACCAUAAGAAACUUCAUUCAGAACAAAAACAUUUCAGUUGCUCAGUUUGUAAAGAAACAUUUCAGUUAAAAAAAUAUGUUGUGAGGCAUAUGAAAGUCCACACAGAGGAGAAACCCCUUAGUUGUUCCAUUUGUAAAAAAAAAUUUAAAUGGAGAUUUACAUUUGUGAAUCAUAUGAGAGUCCACACAGAAGAGAACUUCUUUCGUUGUUCUGUCUGUGGUAGAAGAUUCACCCGAAGCUCAGGUUUGACCAAACAUUUAAGAGUUCAUACAGGAAAAAAACCUUUCAGCUGCUCAGUUUGUAAAAAAAGUUUCAGUUUCAGUUACACUUUGUCCAGACACAUGAGAUUGCACACAGGGGAGAGACUCUUAAGUUGUUCUGUGUGUAAUAAAACAUUUGCCCAAAGCUCAGAUUUGAACAAACACUCGAGAGUUCAUACAGGAGAAAAACCUUUCAGCUGCUCAGUUUGUAAAACUAGUUUCAGUUUCAGAUACGCUUUGUCCAGACACAUGAAAAUCCACACAGGAGAGAGACCAUUUAGUUGCAGUGUUUGUGAUAAAACAUUCACUCGGUUCGAAUAUCUCAAAAAUCACAAGUGUGCUGGUGAGAGCAGAGGAAGUAAAUGAAGCUGCAGAGAUUCCUUCCAGCAGGACUGAAGUACUGAAGGCAAGACUUGGCUCAACACUGAUCAGUUCAGAAUUGUGAUACAGACAAAAUAAGUGAAGCUUCAUAUUUUCAGCUAAGAUGAAGCCAUCCGAUCAUUGUAAUUCUGUUUAUUUAUUUUUUCUUUUUCAGGGGUGUAACGAUUCUCCAAAUACACGUUUUGAUUCAUACCUCUA